UCACCUAUUGGCAUACAGAAGCACAGGGGAUUUUUCUUCCCAAGUUUCAGAACUAUUUAAAGUCUACUUGUUUCAGACCUAAACUCUAGAAGCCUCUAUCACCACAUUUCCUGUUUAUAACUGAACAAAGUACACACAAAAGAGUCAAAGAAACAGAGGAGGAAAAAAAACCCUGAGUUCUGGUAAAGAUAUAUGUUGGUGCUAUGCUGUUUCUAACAUAACAGAGCAACAGUGCUUAGCGGGGAAAGCUGGUGGGAGAACUCUUAGCCUGCGCAUGUGCUUCAUGGCUACACACGGGCUCUUCUGAAAAUACAAGGAUGUCAGGAAACUCUGAAUGCCCCUAUUACCUCUGGGGACUUCUAUUCUUCUUUGGCUUGGCUCUGGUAAUAUCAUUGAUCUUCAAUAUUUCCCACUAUGUAGAGAAACAGCGACGAGAUAAAAUGUACAGAUACUCUGAAGACUACAUUCCAAGAACUGAUGAAUAUUAUGUUGAAGAUACUCCAAUAUAUGGUAACUUAGAAAAUAUAAUCCCAGAAGAAAUGGAUGAGGGCUGCUAUGAGCAAAUGAAAGCUCAACCACAAAGACCUGCAAGUGAGUUUCAAGAAGCCGCUGCAUCUGCAACUGUACUUGCUGAAGCUCAGCUGUGCUAUGCCUCACUGGAUCACAGCGUCAAGGGGAAACGCAGAAGGCCCAGGAAACAGAAUGCUGAUUUGUCAGACAGGGGAAAGGAUGAACAAGUUAAUACAAUGAAUGCCAAUGUUUCUCAGGUCGAUUUGGUAGAAAGUUUCCCACCAGAUAACCAGGCAGUAGAGGAAAGUAUUCAUGAUGAUCCUGCUAGACUGUUUGGAUUGAUUCGUGCCAAAAAAGAGCCUGUAGUCUAGCUGGACCAUGAUCCGGCUCAAUAUUAAUGCCCUAUCAGGGAUGGUUAGGACAAGAUCCUCAUGUGACACACUGUGACUGGCAAACAGUCUGCUCACUUGUUGUUGGA